AUGACAAUAUUAAUGUUAUUACCUUCGACGACAACAGGCAUUACUCUAAGAGAAUCGCUUCAUAAUUAUAACGUACCUCAAUUAUCAAGUGGUAAUACUUCAUGUUUUUUAAUGUCUUGGGUUGGCCAAUAUUCUUUGUCUCGAAAUGGAACUGAGGUCUGUGCAUUUAAAAACCAAAAACAACAAUCCAUCGAAGGAGCGGACGAGCUCAGUUAUUCUGUUAUUCAGAGAUAG